AUGUCGGAAAUAUCUAUGGAUCGUUCUUAUUAUCCACCAUUAUCGAAAGAGAUUGCAUCAUGGCAACAUAAUUAUAUACCUGGACCACUUACUCAAGAUGAGUUUUAUCAAUUUUUUGAAGAUGGUUUUGUUGUUAAACAUAAUUUAUUAAAACAAGAUCAAUUACAAUCAACAAUUCAUGGUAUUGAAAGAGUAGUUGAUGAAUUGGCACAAGAACUUUAUCAAGCAGGUAAAAUUCAAGAUCUACAUGAAAAUGAUGGUUUUUAUCAACGUUUAACUGCAAUUGAUGCACAAUUUCCAGGUGCUGCUGUUCUUCUUCAUAAACGUGGUGUUUUACCACAAGAAAUUGCAUCAUUAUGGUCAAAUGAGACAUUACUUAGUGUUGCUCAACAAUUACUUGGACCUGAUAUUGCUGGACAUCCUGUUUGGAAUUUAAGAUCAAAAGUACCUAAUCAAGAACAAGUCACUGUUCCUUGGCAUCAAGAUACUGCUUAUUUAAAUAAAGAAUGUUGGAAUAUUCUUCAAGUAACUGCAUGGAUUCCAUUAUUAGAUGCAAAUAAAGAAAACGGAUGUUUACAAUUAUUACGUGGUGGUCAUCGUCCAGGACUUACUUGUCAACAUAAUUGUUGUACUGGUGGUACAUGGUAUGUUGAAGUACCAGUUGAAGAAAUGGAAAAAACAUUAAAUAUUCCAGUUAAUGAACAAACUAUCGUUACAUGUGAAGUACCAUUUGGUUCAGUUUUAUUUUUAAAUAAUUUAAUUCCACAUAAAUCAAUGGAAAAUUAUAGUAAAAAUAUACGAUGGAGUUUAGAUUUAAGAUGGCAAAACCCAAAUGAACCUAAUGGAUUUUAUGGUUUAAAAGAUAAUAUAUUAAUGACUAAAAGUGAUGAUAAAAAUUUUAAACCAGAUUGGAAUGAAUGGUCAAAGAUUAAUCGAACUAAAUUAGAGGAAGCUUCUGUACGAGAAUCAAUUAAAAAUGAAAUAAAAGAAUUAAAAGAACGACAAGAAAAUGAUCCAUUUGACACAAGUAUAUCAGGACCUUGGAUGCAUAAUUGGCCAAUCGUACAUCAUAAUAGACAUACAGCAAAACUAACAACAAAUAGCACUAGUUGGCACAAAUCUUAA